CGUGCGAUGAGACUGAAUUCAAGAUCACACUAAUGUUAAAUGCUCAGAAAACAUGAUCAUUAUUAGCAUCUUCAGUUUUUCUUUGACUUGUGCCCAAUGCACAAGACUUUAGUGAAUUUGAAUUAAUUUCUUGCAGUUACUGAAGAGCGAUGCAAUGAAGUUGGGAUUCUUGUCUUUGACCUUUUUGCGAACCUGGGAGCUUCAGGUUGUAUGACAUGAUAUUUGUGCUCUUAUGUCAUUGAAUUUAAUCCUUAUCUGGUAAAAGCAUUUUAUUUAUGUAGAGGCAUAGCCGCAUAUAGUUGUGAUGGGCAUAUGAUAUCAGUGGUUAUUUUCUUCAUUGUUACCCUCCUUUAUUUUCAGAGGAACAAUUAGAUUUUCCUGUUCUUUAUGCCUCUGCUAAAGAAGGAUGGGCUUCAUCGGCUUAUACAAAGAGUCCACCAAACAAUGCCAAAGACAUGUCUGAAUUGUUCGAUACAAUUGUACGCCAUGUUCCUCCACCAACUGCCAAUCUGGAUGCACCUUUUCAUAUGUUGAGAGGUGUAAACAAAAGAUUCCGGUUUAGAUGACAUUCGUGUCAAGGCUUUCAAAAAUCAUUUCGAAGACCGUAUUCUACCUCUUCCACCCUUCAAGUUGGUUCUAAUAUCAUAAUUUUCAACUAUAGUAGUGGGCACGUAGGGCCAUACACCGGAACCUUUAAUAGGUUCCGCCCUGCACGUAUCAUUCUCUUUGCAAAGGACUGUAUUGAUGAAGAUGUGCUGAUUAGAAUAUGUAGAAGUGACGAUAAUGACAAUGUCAUUAGGGUUUUGUGCAUCGAGUUUGUGUUGAAAAGCAUAUUAUGUGCAUUGGCUCAACCAAACAUGACAUUAAAAGAAUUUUUUGCGUUACCGUAUAUUCACACGAACAACGUUGAUAUUAUGAGGUUUGUGUUUCAUUAAUAAUUUGAUUGUGUUUGUAAUUUUUUAAAUAUAGAGUUGUUUAACCUUUAAUCUUUUCCAUAAAUAAUAGGGGUAUUCUUCUAGGCUUGAUGUAUUUGCACCAGAGAGGCAUCACAUUGCCAAACUUGAAUUACGACAACAUUCUAGUUGUGAAAGAAAAGUCAAUGUUUAAAGCUAAGAUAUCUAGCAUAGAGGCUGCUAUACAUGGGAGUCACCGAAGAAAGGAAAUAGAUAUGCAUAAAGUUGGUUUGAUCUUUUAUCACAUACUGGCCGGAGAGUUGCCUAAAGAUCAGAUCCAUUUUAACAUUUAUAUACUGAAUGAAAAUUGUCUAAAUGUUGAAGAGGCUAGACACCUUUUAACUUUGCUUGUUCACCCGAGUCCAUCACGUAGGUAAUGCACUAAAUAUUGUCAAAAAGAAAGUUAUAAACUUGAGUUUUUGGUGUUGAUUACAAAUGUUUUGACAGGCUCAGAGCUGAAGAGGCGCUGAAUCACCCCUUUUUUUGGGGGGAUGAAAAGUCCUUGUUGUUUAUUAGGUACGCCAGCGAAAUUGUCGAGAAAGAGAAGGAUUCUAUUGUUACGAAACGUCUCAACAGAGCCGGCGCUUCCGUGUUAAGCGACGGUGAGCGAUGGUUUGAUAUGGUUGACGAUAGGAUCACACAAAUGUCGGCAAAGCGUAGGAAAAGAGAUUAUGAGAAUGAGAUGUCUGGGCUAUUGCGUAUGUACCACAAUGUUAUAAGUCAUCAUUUGGAAUAUCCCUCCACAUCGGGACAUUUGUCUCCGAAAGAGCUCAGAUCUUAUGUAGCAAGGGUGCCGAAGUUCUUCAUAGUUUUGUAUGCUGUAUUCAAAGGCCUUGAAGACACUCUG